AUGACCAUGCAUCCCAUCACGUACUCGGCGAGCAUGCCGAUGCACAUGUACCCCUUCCCGCCGGGGCUCUCGCCCGCCCAGCCCACCCGCACCAAGCGCCGCCAAGUGAAGAACGCCUGCACGAACUGCCAGAAGGCCUGCAAGAAGUGCGACGACGCACGCCCAUGCCUCCGAUGCGUCCGCUACGGCAUCGCCGAGGAAUGCAUCGACUCUCAGCGCAAGGAGCGUCAGAAAGGGAUAAAGAGGGGGCCUUACAAGAAGCGCGAUGGAAAAACCGCCAACGUCGACCAGCAGCAAGUCGACGUUGUGGUGCAACAUCAAGGCAUGGCCAUCCCGCCCGCCGUGGCUGCGUCCGUCGCCAGCCCGACGCCCCCCAUGUCCUACGUUGCACCGGUUUCCUACCCCCCGGGGCUCUACCCCCAAUACCCCGCGCACCCCGCUGCCAAGCCCGGCGACCCGCCGAUGUACUAUCCCCAGCCCAUCUUUUACGCCCCCAUCCCGGCGCCCCACCCGCAGGCCACUGGUCAGGACGGCGAGCACGUCAGCUACGCCGCCCACCCCCAGUUCUACCCGACCUUCAUAUACCCGCCGCCACAGGCGUACGCGGCGGGCCCGUACAUGAUGACGCAUCCCCACGCUCGCCCCGACGCGCAGCUCCAGAUGGCACCUCCCCACCACUACGCCCCGUACCCCCAGCCGUACGCGAAGCCGCCCUCGCGCGGCCCUGGUGCUGAGGUGGGCCCCCCGCAGAUGAUGGACCCGCGUCGCGACGGGCGCGUCGAGCACGCGCGCAUGGGUGAGGCCCUCACCGGCGCUCAGGUGAAGUAG